CACUGGUUUACGGAACCGCGAUGCGAUGGCGAACGCGUGCGCGAAAAAACGGCGGCUCCUGGGCUUAACUUAACCGACAGCGAUUUUCCAUUUUCAGUUGUCGAUAGCGUUCGGUCGCGAACACAAGAUCGAAGCAACUCGUCGUGUCGCGUGAUUGUUCAACAAACAGUUGACACAUAGAGAGAAAGAGAGAGAGAGAGAGAGAGAAGGGGUCGAUAGAAGCCGGGGAGCCGCAAAGAAAAGUGUUGUACGAAGAAAUAAAGGAAGAGGAAAAAGAGCCGAAAUUGAAAUAUUCAUAAAGCGUUGACGAAGCUGAAAUCAGAUUUAAUCCAUAAAUUGAUUUGUAUCAUCACGUUUAUUUCUUUUUCUUAUUUUCACCUAUUUAAUAGUUGGAAUAAAUAUAUUCGAAAUUCGAAGAGAAAGGCAAUAACAUGGACUGUGGGAAGAGAUCGAAGCGCGAGACGGUCAACAAGUGGCUGGAAAGCGAGUAUCCGGCUUAAGGUUGCACGUGCUCGUUAAAUUCUCGAGCUGCGUUUACUUGAAACUAUUGUUUUUUGUGAAAUUUGACAAGACGAGACGAGACGAGAGAGAGUUAUCGUCGUUCAGUGGAAAUGAAACGCGACUGAAAAUAGAAUAGCAAGCGGAGGUGUAAGUUGGAAAGAAGAAGAAAAAGUUAGAGAAAGAAAGGAAAGAAGAUCGGACGAGUGACGAUAACGAGGAUCAGGCGAUCACACGCGUGUAUACCGAGCAUCGUUCUAUUUCGGGGAAAUGUUUUUAACUCGGUAACCUCGAGAAACGCCAGAUUUUACUAUUUUUAAGAGCCAAGUAUUUGAAUUUGAAUUUGAAUGAACCGGAAGAGGAAUCUUUCAGGAUCUAUUAAUUGGCAGUAAGUAAGUAAGUAAGUAAGUAUGAAAGGCAAUGAACUAUAGAUAUACAUAUAACAUGAUAUGUAGAAUGAUUAAAGGUGCAAAAGUAUCGUUUGCAAGACCUACCAUUGUUCACUGAAAGGAAAGAAUUAGGAGAGCGGAAUGGAUAAUGCUAGCGGUACAUCGAACGAGAGGACGAUGCAAGUAUUGGCAGGGGGUGGUAGCGGUGAUGAUGAUGAUGAUAAUAAGAACCAUUGGAAGGAUGUAACAUCGAACGGCAUCGUCCAAUUAAUAUUUUACGCAUUUUACGGAAACAUAUUUCUGCUGGGUGUAUUUGGUAACGCGUUGGUGUGUUUCGUGGUCGCACGAAAUCGUCAGAUGCAGACGGUAACAAAUUUGUUUAUCACGAAUUUGGCAUUGAGCGACGUGCUGCUUUGCGUGUUGGCGGUCCCGUUUACGCCUUUGUACACUUUUCUCGGCGGUUGGAUAUUCGGCAGGACUCUUUGUCACUUGGUGCCGUACGCACAAGGCGUUAGCGUGUACGUGAGCACAUUGACGUUGACCAGCAUCGCGAUCGAUCGGUUCGUGGUGAUCGUGUAUCCGUUCCAUCCUCGCACCAGACUCGAGGUUUGUCUGUCGGUGAUCCUCGGUAUCUGGAUAAUCGCUUUAACGGUUACUCUACCGUAUGGAUUGUACAUGCAUCUCGAGGAGCAUCUCGAGGAAACUUAUUGCGAGGAACACUGGCCGAACGAAAGAUUUCGCAAACUAUUUAGUUCUCUGACGACGAUACUUCAGUUCGUCCUACCUUUCUUCGUGAUCGUCUUUUGCUAUACGUGCGUGUCGAUCAAGCUGAACGAUCGAGCCAGAUCGAAACCCGGUAAUAAAACCGGGAAGAGGGAACAGGCGGACAGAGAAAGGAAGAAACGAACGAACGGAAUGUUAAUCGCCAUGGUCACCGUAUUUGGUAUCUCUUGGCUACCGCUGAACGUCGUCAACGUUAUCGACGACUUUUAUUCCCCGGCCAACGAUUGGUCCUAUUACAGGCUUUGCUUUUUCAUGGCCCACUGCCUAGCCAUGAGCAGCACCUGUUACAAUCCUUUUCUUUACGCUUGGCUCAACGAUAACUUUCGCAAAGAGUUUAAGCAAGUGCUUCCGUGUUUUUCGAAAAGAAAAUCCCAGGGACACGGUGUAGCAGCGGCCGCCGAAGAAGAAGAAUUGCAGCUUGAUAAAGCGUGUAACGGAAAUAACACGGUGCAAGAAUCCUUGUUACCGAGUCAAACUCGAAUCAGAAUUUCAACUCCGGACAACUACGAAUUGAUCGUUCUCGAACCGACGACGACCACCAACGCCUCGAGAAAUCUCGAGGACCAUUCUUUACCGUGUUUUUUUUGCUCGAGACGAAAGCAUUCCAAGCCGAAAGGCAACGGUGCAGCAACGAUCGAGGAAAUUCGGUAAUGUUUACGCCAUACACGUUACGUGUAUACCAACGACGACGAUGAAUCACGAGCAGACAGAUAUUUUAUCGAUCGGAAUAACGCGAAAGAGUGUACCUUAUCUAUCCUAUCAGUUAAUGUCGUUGUCUUAGUCGUGGUCGUUGUUGGUGUUGGCGUUAGAGAUUACCCCAUUCCGUUUACUAAUGCCAAAAAGCAAGCUUUGUUGGCCGCGCUACACCUUUCGCCGCGCCGAUCGUCUCUUAUUGUUAGCGAUACGUAUAACACGUACGUAAAAGCAGUUGUGUUUUUCAUGGAACUUGAUCGAACGUACUUACCAUACAUACAUAAUCGCAAACUGCAAUCGAAUGCAAAAGAUAGAUAUGAAAUUUUCAAUGAUAAAACAACUACUAACGAUAUUGGAAAUUGUUACCAAUCGACGUACAUAUCUUAUGUAUAUACAUAUACAUAUACAUAUAUUUACCUACCUAUAGAUGAAUCGACGCCCGAUAACGAUCUUCCUUUCUUCGUAUCGCCGCGACGCGAUGCGAUUACAUUGAAAAAUUUCUCGUCGUAAAGUCACCCUUUAGAAAUUCGCUCGACUCUGUUUAUCGAAAAUUUCUCGAUAAGGAAAUACAGAAGGAGGGUUGACUGAUUAAAGUUGAUAAGAGGUUCGUUUGAAUCGACCACUCUCGAGAACGCCCUCUCCCCUUUCGUUCGUCUCAGAUUUCAAUUCUGCAAUAACUCCUCAUUAUCCAUGGAAAUCCGAGUACGUUUUGACGAUGCUCGUCGUUGCUCGACGGACACGUACACUUACUUGGAAAAGUAGCUUGGUCGGCUGGCUAGUUUGCCAGAAAAACGAGAUUAAAAAGAAUACAAGGUACACUGUUAUAGUGGAAGAAAAUAAAUUAUUCAUUCCGGAGGAAUAAAAUAAAUGGGUCAAUUGAAAUGGUGCGUGUGUGAGAAACAAACAAACACCCUCGUUUUUGAUUACAUAUACGAAAUUGAUGCAUUUAAACAAAAUCAACAUGAAAAUAAUGAAUAUACUGAC